AGUCGGCUGUCAGUCGAUAAAGUGAAUUUCGUAGGGAAAGGACUCUGGGAGUCGAGCUUGGUGUUUUCAUAUUUAUUAAGCGAUUUCGAGCGACUGCUGUGUUUUAAAAAUUUGGUGAAACUGUACUUGAAAUAGAGUUGUGAACUAUUUUACUUGCUUUAUCAAGGAAUUUUCGAUAUUUUGCUCAAAUUCUCGAGUUUGAUAAGAACAAAUUGAAGUGACGUUUCCGACAUUUUGUGCAAUCGCUAAAGAUUCAGUGCAAGUGAUUUUUCCGUAAAAAACUUGUAUAGUUUCCGUAUCUGAUAGUUGAAAAUACUAUUCGGUACCAUAAAAACAAUUUGUGCGUAUUUACAGUGGAAAUAUUCAAAAAUAAAAACUGAGUUUGAGAAGAAUUGUUCCGGAGCAUCAACAUAACCUCAACCCGUUGUCUCCGAUUGUUUCCAAACCUUAUUUACUUUCGAACCUCGGGAUCCCACCUUCAAAACAAUAUUGCUGACAGCUUCAGACAUUCAUUCGUCUAGUCCCGGGUGCAAAACCGUUUGGUCAGUAAAUUUGCUGUGCAAGACAAUCAUUUACUGGAAAUUCAAGUUGAAUGUCAAAGUGAUUUCGCAACACAGAAUUGUUGGCUGCCGUCCCGUCGACAGAAAAUUCGCAAACGUUUCAUAAUAAUUGCAGUUUCGGUGGACAGAGGAGUUUGUGCUGGUUGCAAAAAUGAGUGCCCGUGUCUUAAAUCCAAUAAUGUUUAGUGAACUUUACACGAUUCGAUCGCCAGUGGCGAUUCGAAAUGCAUUGUCGACGCGGAAACUGAAUCAAAUCAAAAAGGAUCUUUUUGGACCAACGGAUAGCUUGGAGAACAAGAGGACAUUUGAAAAUGAAUUGGAUCGUCACCACGAUACUGCUUGCAAGAAAUGGGGUUUCGAUUUCCGCAGUGGAUACCCAUUAAGCAAUCACAAUCAAUACAUUUGGGAACGUGUCUCCUAUACUGAAUUUAUUCCUGAAGUUUACACCUUAAGUCGUGCUGCCCAUGUUCGUGAAGUUCCUGAGUUCGAACCAACAGAAAGGGAUCUGCUGAUGGACGAGAGAGCAGCUCGUGAAAAUUCACCAUCUGCUACUGAGAAGCUUUUCUUGCAGGAAGUUGUUGAAUUCAAAGUGCCACUUGAUGAUAGAUUAGCCAUUGCGGGGACAUCGACAUCAGGAAAGAGACAACCUAAAAUCACAGAUUACAUGAAGGAACGCAAACGACUAGCAUCCACCCCAAAAAAGUCGUCACCUGUAAAACGUCUCCGAUCGAAUUGCCCGCUUACAACACAAGGUGCUAGUUUUAGAAGUGAUUCGAAUCGUAGUAAAAUGCCGUAAGAAGUAUUUCUACUAAUUUACUACAUUUAUAUAUUAUAAUAAUAUAGAUAAGUCCCGUGUUAGUAUGUAUACCUUUUUACAUUGUAAGAAUCGUAA